CCUGAGACUGUGGUCGAUCGCAGACCUUCAGUUGAAAAUAUGAAUAUAUAUUCGAUGCGGACGUCGAUGGAAAGUCCCGCAUGCGACAGGAACAGUCCGGUGGCCGCAUUGAACGAUACGGAUGAAUGGCUACGCGAAAUUUAUGAGGGUAUUUUUGAAGAUGUCUUUGGCUCUUGGCUAGGAAAUUAUAGUUGUCCUUAUGUGUUUGUUCUGGUCUCAAUUCAUCGUCGGCUUGAAAAACUGACCACUCUAGUAGUUUUCGUGAUAAUGGCCGUCAAGACCCAAAGCAACUGGCCUUGUCAGUCAGUAUAUCCAGGCUUUGCCAGGAAUGUGACUACUGGAUGAAGCGAGUGCAAGGCCAAGAAAUCAAUUCUCAAACUGAUGAAGGACAGAGUCCCGGCGAUAUUGAGAUCGACCGACAAAUUAACCAUUCUAUGUCGCGAGCAAUAUCCGCCUUUUCUGCCCGGUGGCUACAUUUGAAAGAUCCACCAGGGUUGACUGACGACUUAGUUAUGGAUACUGUUGAGAGCCUUUGGAGAGAGGUACGACGUGACAUUCUCCGAGUCAUCAACCGUCCUUGUUAUCGAUCAGCCUUUACUUUGUUCCUCUUUGCGCUCACGCCAAUUCCUGCUCGAGUGUCUGAAGAAGAAGAAAGUGACGGUAUCCCAGCCCAAUUUUGCGUCCAGAUCGCUUUGCAACAAGUGCUCACAUUACGUGCGCUGCAGAAAAGCCUUGAAUUCAACGGAUCCAAGGUGUCGUCAAUAUCAUCGACAAUAUCAAGUACCACCAGUCCAGCGCCCGUCACGAAAGAUUUUUUAGGAAUUGAAAGUAUGAUUUACUGGGCAGCAAUGACAUUUGAUACAUCAUCAUCACUUACUCUAAAUACAAAAUCCCUGUUAUCACCUGGCCUGAGUCUUCGCUUAGAGCAAGAAUCAUCCUGGCGACUCGUCCGCACCUGUACCAAUGUUUUCCAUGAAGAUACUGAAACCUGGAGAGCGCAAGGCAUCGAUAUAACCGAGGAAAGGGCAAAUCAAAUUAUUGCGUCCGCUGCCUCAUGGAAAUUGUUUGUCUGGAAAUCAGCCGCGCUGGUCAAGGAAGCUCUUCGGGAAGGACGGGAAGAAGACACAGUCCAACUAGCCUUUGAAACAGCAGCGGAUGCAAUAAAUCAAUAUAGUCUUACGUAUCACGACUUGCUGAAGGCCAUAUUAAUUAUGUUGGAUGCAAUGGAAACUGCCGAGCGUAUGGAUCUGCUAGAAAAGAUGAAAGUCGUCAAGGCUGGGGCGGAAGGCAGCUUAUUCAAUUGCUUGAUCUUUGGACUAAAUAAUCAUUUUUAUGUCCCCUCAGGAAGGAGCAAUAGGAGUCCAGAAGAAUCACACAAUAUUAUGCAAUAUGCGACUGCCGAGAGACCCGUAUCCCUGGAUUCUUCAAGGAGAAAGGUCCCCUUGAUUGCCAUCGACCCUUACCCCCACCACGUUGUUGCCGGAGUGCGAAUCUUAUGGAAGGCAGUUGAGAGGAACCUUGAGAAUGACUGGAUUGACCAUAGUGUUGCGGAGAAUAUGCAAGACACGAUGCUUAAGGCUUUGAGAUUACUCCCUCAGGCGUCCAAGUCUGUAAGGACGGUACGACAACAAGCAGAAGCAUCGUUUAUAGGAAAUCGGUAUAUUUUCAACUGUUAGUGUGGAGAUCAUGUAUAUAUAAUCUGUUAUAUAUUUACUCUGAAUCAUAACGAUUAUACGAACAUAUUU